UUGUAAGUCACGAGAUCAGCUGUAUAGGCUAUAGCUAUAUAUAGCUACAGCUGAAUUAUACAAGUAGAUUGUUCGUUUGUUGUAUUUUGACAAAAUGAUAACAACAAAUAACAUUAUAGCUUUAGGCCUGCUGUGUCUUUUUGGAAUCUGUGUGGGGAUACAGAAAGCUUCCCCAGAGCAGAUACACUUGUCCUAUGGAGUUGACCCCAGUCGCAUGGUAGUGACAUGGAGUACCCAAAAUGCCUCAGAAGGAACCUUGUGUCGGUAUGGACUUGACUCUACACUGUCUUCUCAAGCUACUGGAUUCACCAAAAAGUUCACUCAGUCCAGUUCGGGGUCAAGCGUAAACCACACCCAGUACAUACACAGAACCACACUGGUCGACCUGAAGCCUGGGACUAAGUACUUCUACAGUUGUGGUGAUGGAACCCAGAUGAGUUCUCAGUUUGACUUCAUGUCCAAGAGGACUGACCCUGCCUGGAGUCCAUCUAUAGCCCUGUUUGGGGACAUGGGCAAGACCAACGCCCAGUCACUUACCAGACUGGAGAAAGAAGUGCGGAAUGGCAUGUACGAUUCCAUCUUCCACGUAGGGGACUUUGCCUAUGACAUGGACUCGGAUAAUGGUAAUGUUGGUGACAGCUUUAUGAAGAACAUUCAGCCUAUUGCUGCACAUGUGCCUUACAUGACAUGCCCUGGUAACCACGAGGAGAAAGGGAACUUUUCUAACUACAAGAACCGAUUCACCAUGCCGACAGAUGAACUUGGUGACCGAAUGUUUUACAGUUUUGACAUGGGUCCCAUACAUGUGAUAUCCUUUUCCACUGAGUACCUGUUUUUCCUGCAGUUUGGAUUUGAACAGAUAUUUAACCAAUACCACUGGCUGGAACAGGACUUGGAGAAAGCCUCAAAGAAUCGUGCGAAAACUCCGUGGAUUAUGACGAUGGGUCACAGACCUAUGUACUGUACCAACAAGGACAAUGACGACUGUACCCACCACGAGAGUCUGGUGCGUGUUGGGAUACCCUUCAUCCAUGCCUAUAGUCUGGAACAGCUAUUCAAAAAGUAUGAUGUGGACUUGAUGUUCUGGGCUCACGAACAUUCCUAUGAACGCUUGUGGCCUGUGUUUAACAGAGAAGUGUACAAUGGUACCAAAUACCCGUACACGAACCCUGGAGCUCCAGUCCACAUCAUUACUGGCUCUGCGGGAUGUUCGGAGAAACAUGACCCCUUUGGUGACACAGAAUCUUGGUCAGCCUUCCGCAGUGAUGACUAUGGAUAUACCCGCAUGAAAGUCUACAACAGUACACACAUCUACAUUGAGCAGGUCUCGGAUGACAAGAAUGGUAUGAUCAUUGACAAGCUCUGGUACAUCAAGGAAAAGCAUGGGAGAUUCUACUAGAUCUUCAUCUUCAAAAAGUUCCUUGACAAGAUUCCGAUAGAUCCUCAUCUUCAAAAAGUUCCUGGACAAGAUUCCAAUAGACCUUCAUCUUCUAAAAGUUCCUGGACAAGAUUCCGAUAGAUCUUCAUCUUCAAAACGUUUCUGGACAAGAUCAUUUCUCCGACAUGGCUCAUGAAUAAUUCUAAUCGAUGAUAUCCUUAUUUGGUACUAGUUGUGACAAAAUAUAGGUCAUGUUAUUUCUUGGCACAGAAAUAGUUUAUUGGUGUUUGAUUAGCCAAUGUAUUGCCUGUGAUAAUCUUGUUAUGUUGAUAGAGCAGUCUAAAACUACAUGUAGAAACACAUUUUCUCUGACCCUUGACAGAUGUUCCAUGAUUUUCUGAGAUGUCACAAUGAAAACAGGUGAAUGAUAUCACUUUUCAACAUCAGAUGACAUUGUGUUGUAGUUGGACACUUUGUGUACAAUUCAUCUUUUUACAUGAUAAUUCCUUUGUAGAUUUUAUAAAAAUAAAAAUUCAAAACUGAGAGGGUAAGUGAAAAGGAAUCAUUACUCUCAGGGAUGACCUAAUCUAUUUAAAAUGAGGAGAAAGUUUCCCGUACAUGUAAUGUUUAUAGAUAAAAGUCCUGUUUGAAGUCUAACAUAUUGUAAACUACUGCCUAAUCAGUAUAUCCCACACAGCAGGAAACAGUAAACUGUUCUCGGGUUGUCAUGGUCUAUUGUUAUGUAUGUAGUAUGUAAAGAGACCGGCAGAUUGGGAACCAAACUUUGAUCACAUUCUCCUCAUCUUUUUAGUAUCAAAAUGCUUCUCAAAAGUUCUCUUCAUCAUUGAAGCAUCAACAUUUUACAAAAUUUCACAUUUUCGAAAAAUUCAAUGCCAAAACUUAUACUUAAUAUAUUUUAAAUUUCAUUUUUAACUCUGUCUAUUUCAAUAUAUUUUAUUAUAUUAGUCUUUAUUCAAAAUAGAUUAUUUGUAAAAAACAAUCUUUGUUUAUUUGUACUCCCAGAGUAGAUGUUCUGUGUGAAGUGGGAGAGCGUGUAGAGAAUGUAAUUGUGUAAUUAUUGUGAUGGUUUUUAAACAAAGUUAUUCUGGUGUACACAUUUGCAAUGAUUGUGUAUUGUGUAUGUAGUAAAUGAUGUAAUCUCUGCACCCCUCGAGUGUUCAAAGUGAUAUUCACUGUAGGAACCUUGUUAAGGAAUCACAUCUGAGAUUCAUGAUACUACAUAAGAUCCCGGUCUGAAGGGUAUUUAAAAGUAUGUUAUGUAUGUAAUGUAAUUCAAUCUACAAAUAGACUACCGUUAUUAUGCCCACGUUUAUAACCUCAAAAAGUGUCGGUGACCUGACCCUGGGCUCUUGCCUGGACUUGUGAGUAGACCCAUCAUGUUAUCUUUCAUCACUGGGUAAAUGUUUUCCAGGUCAUAAUACAUUCUAUAAGUAAAUGUUAUUGAGCAAUUUAUUUAAUUAGUAUUACUAUCAUACUAAAAUAGGUGUUUUAUAAUUAGUGUUACUAUCAUACUAAAAUAGGUGUUUUAUAAUUAGUAUUACUAUCAUACUAAAAUAGGUGUUUUACAUGAUGGGAACAAUUUACCAAAAUGUACAUGUUGAUUGAAUAAUAGAUUGUGGAUGUAGAAAGUAUGGGUAAUAUACAAUGACCACUAAGCUAGAUGUAAUUGUACAGUAUUUGAUGGUGUUUGGUUUACAUUGAUAGUAAACAGAAAUUAUAUUAUACUUGCACAGAUUAGCAGGUUGGAUCUAACAUUUAAUCAUUGCGACCAAUUAUUGUUAUAUUGUGGCAAUAGUAGGAUCUUAGUUUGAUUGUCCAAAACUUUAUAGGUAAAAUGUGAUAUCAUUAUAUAUUUUAGAAUUAUAUGAUUGAUGGUUAGGUUCAACCUGUUGAUAUCAGUGAUAUUAUAUACAAUAUUGCUGUAGAGAUUAUUGAACUUGUGUGUGUCAUUGUGCAGUGUGUUUUUGUGGGUGAUCCUAUAUCGGUAUAUUUACAUUUGCAUGGCAUUGUCACUGAAAAACCUUCUUGAAAUCUAUGUUGUUGAUGGGACUUUAAUGACAUGCACAACGAGACACAAUCCUUAGCCAAUCAGCAAGCGAUAAUACACCCUUCCAGUUAUUGAACAAAUUUGUUCAGACUGUUCAUAAGGCGGUAAUCUUAAUUUUUAGAUAUAAUUUUUAAGUUGAAAAAAACCUUUGCAAGCAAACAAAUCAUAAUGUGCUAGCGCGCUUUAUGUUGUUUGCUUGCAAAGUUGUCUUUCAAAUAUAUCAUAAAUGCCAUACAAAAACAGUUCAAUGCUUAAAUAAAAAUCAUUAACAACUUUAAAAUAUUAACAUAUUUAGAUUACCUGAAAUAUGGUUUUAUGACUAAAUUAAAUUUGAUUUUUUUUACCAGACCCAUCUUUCCAGGUUAUUCUGUUUCAGUAAUUAAGUAAAAUGUAGGAUUACCUCCCCUCAGUUGA